AUGCAUACCUUGUCAAGCAGCAGGAACAGCACCACUGAAAAACCAGUACCAUUCAGAAUGACAUCUCUACCAAAUGGACCAUGGAAAGGGAUAUCAGCCGACUUCCUAGGACCACUUCCAUCUGGAGAAUACUUAUUGGUUGUUAUUGACAACUACAGCCGAUACCCAGAAGUAGAAGUUGUGUCAACAACUUCUGCGAAGCAGCAAUACAAAAUUUUUGCCAGGCAAGGAGUACCUCAUAUACUGAAAACGGACAACGGCCCUCCAUUCAGCGGCCAUGAGUUUGGAAAAUUUGCUGCCCACCUUGGAUCCCGACACAGGAAAGUGACACCACUAUGGCCAAGAGCCAAUGGAGCCAUUGAGCAAUUUAACAGAUGCCUAGUCAAAGUCAUUAGAACAGCUCACACAGAAGGAAGCUGGAAACAACUACUCUUCAAAUUCCUUCGGAUGUACUGA